AUGGGUCGCCACCGGCGGCAGAGUGGACACCGCCAGGGCCAAAAGCCUCUUGCAAAGGUCGCUCCCAAACAAGUCGGUCAGCCAAUGUGCCAUUCUCUCUGUGCCUAUCACACUACGCAGAGCCUCAACCCGAACCGUCCAUGGCCCGACAACAUUGUCACCGAAGGUUGGAGCUUCGAGGCAACGGUCCCAUUAAGCCCCGAAAGUAGUCGUUCCGCGCUAUCAGGAGACAGCUUUGCACAGUCUGUCAACACAAGCUAUACAAGUCGAUUGGCGGGUGCGAGGCAUCUGUCACCGAGACCAUCGACUCCAACAAGCUCAAAUGUUUCGGCGUAUCAUUUCGCCCAACUUGCAGAGCACCCGAGCAGCGCGCACCGGCACUAUGGGGGCUUUCCCACGACCGACUUCUCUGCCCCUGCUGAUGUUCAGAUGAGUGGCGUGGAAUUAAUUGGCAUUGACAGCCGUGCCUUGACCGACGAUACUCAACAAUUUCUCAUCACAUCUCCUGUAUACGUUUCUCAUAGUGCCCCUUCAUCUAGCAGUCAGCAACGAUACCCCCGAACACAUGGGCCAUGGGCUCCCCAAUUCUUGCGUCAAGAGGACCCAUUCCUCAUGGAAGACCCUAUGGAGGGUCUUCAAGAAGCUGUCCCUGGACAAGAUGCGCGGGAAAGAGCAGGCGGCGGAAGAACAGGACCGUUGUCACCUACUGGGAGAACGCAGGCCAGCGAAGUCCGCAGACUGGGGGCUUGUCUCCGCUGUACUAUCAUGAGGGAGAAGUGUGAUGCUUCUCCCUCCUGCCACAAUUGUACCACAAAAGAGCGGAGGAAGCUGCCCAGGAUGUGUAUCCGGGCUCGUGCAGACUGGCCAAUGAUCAAAUCAAUACUAUUUCCCAUCGAAUUGACCGAGCGCCUACGGACCGAAUCCCUCUUCCGUUAUCUGGCAAAUGCUUCAUUCACUUUCUCCAACCAGCCGCAGUUCAAGAUCUCAUUGGACAUCAACGUCGGCAAGCGACAAUUGGCACUGAUGGUUAGAGAGUUCUUACCACUAGACAUUCCAGAAGUCCAACAUACAUACCGUUCGCUCGUGGGUGCGGACGGCGUUGUGACAUAUGGCCGAAAUCGGGUCUGGAGUCCGCCGAUCAAUAUCUUCAUCGAGCCCGGCGAACUAAACAGCCGGGUCAAAAGCCUGAGAGGGCAGAUCAUGAAAUUGUUCGUGCAAGUCCUAGCUUGUCCCGAAGAUUGGGUCCGCUGGGCCACGAUAUACUUCCCCAAAGAGGAAGAGGACUUCCAAGCUGACAUCCUGAUAUUGUUGGGCAAGUACUACCGCGCCGACAUUCCUGAGCAUGGAAUCCUCCAGAAGGCCCUGAGUCUGCUGUGGUUCGAGCACCUGUUGCUGACGCGUGCGAGGGUCCCUGCGGAGGCCGUUCACGCGCUGGAAAGCAGAUUAGAAUCUCGUCGACCUAUCGAAUUACCUCAAGAUGCGCGCGUCGUGCCGGACACUAUCAACCGGUUCAUCAAGGGCGUUGUGCUGCCCAUGGCGGAAGAGGUCGGGCAGAAGAUCACAGAGACGCUGCACGAGAUGAUGUUUAAAAUUGCCGUUGGCCAGAAGUCGACACCCGCAAGUAUGGAUCUGUGUCUGUGUCUCGCGUUCGUGCUGUUGAUAUACCUGGCGAAAACGCAGCAUGCGCUUGUGUUGUUGGCGGAUGCGCCCUCGCGGGAGACCGGGAGGGACUAUGCGGCUGAGGAUGCUAGAGCAAGCAUCGAGCAGAUGGACGAGGUCGUGGCUGAGUAUCUCGUCCAAUUCCACAAGUAUACGUUGAGUCGGCGGUCGAGCAGGUCGCCGGUUAGUUCUCCUGCGGAGGACUCGGUUUUUGAGGAGCAUGCUCGUGAGUUCGAUCUCAAUGGGAAGCUUCGUGAUCUAGCUGGGCAAUACGUCCAUGAACGGCCUGCAAGUUUUGCAUUGGGCGAGCUGGACUUGGGCACGUUCCGGCAUAUGAAUGUCCGUCGACUUUGCUGGAAGUUGUUCCAGAACGUCGAAUGA